AUGUGCCAACGAAUCUACGUCCACUUCACAACCUGCAACUGCCAACUCUUCCACCGCCGCAACAAAUGCGCCCCCGGCCCAACCUCGCAACGCUGCCUCGCCCGGCCCUUCCACCCGUCCCUCGUCCAUAAGGUGGAGCGCCAAUGCCCCUACCACCACCGCAUCACGCGCCUGCGGAAGGGCUGUCCCGAGGCGAGGAGCCUGCCGCAGGGCUUCGUCAACGCGUACCACCUCCCCAUCGCCAAGUCCAUGACCGCCGCGGCGAACGAGCGGGGAUGCCCGCGGGAGAGAAGCGAGGAAGUCGGCGGUAGCAAGCGCAAGGAUACCGGCGGGGACAACGGACCGCGCAAGAGGCGCCAGACGGAGCCGGGGGAGGGGUAUGCUGUGGCGGAGGAGAUGGACGUCGACGGGAGCUCCGGCUCUGAACCAUCUUAUGGAUUCAGGACAUGCAAGCAAGAUCUAUGCGACGUCUUUGAAGCCAUUGCCGACGCCGAAGAAUUCGAGUACGACACUCUGGACGAGAUCGUGAACAAGGAGCCGGACUCUGAGCUUGACACCACGGACGAAGAGGUAGAAUCGCGGAGGCCUCGCUUCAGGUACGAGACCGACUCGGAGCGCGUCGAGUACUCUGCGCACGAUCGCAUGUCGCUGGCCGGCAGCGAUAUUCUUACGGGCCGCAGCAAGGACUUUUCUAGGGAGGGCCUCGACGACUUGCUCCAGUGUCUCCAAGUCCGGAGUUCUGGGCCUUCUGAAUACGGUGGCACUUCUCAACAACAUGGCUUAUGCCCUGGCAAAGAUGGUCCCAUUGACACCAUCAUGGUUUCUUGCUUCCCAAGCGAGGAUCUCAUGUCCGACGAUGAAGAGGACGAGGAAGGAGACGGCUUCGAGGGAGAAUGGUAA